AUAAUUCAGAAAAUCUUCAAAACCAUCAUCAUUCAUCGAGAGCAGCAAAAAUCAACUUCUUCUAAAAGCACUACUGUCUAUUAUCAUUUCAAAGUUUUUCAAUUGUAUCAGAUUUAACCAUUUUCAUAUGGGGAUCCGAAAGCUUACGACUUCCGGCAUGGUAAAAGGAAAGAAAAGAGUUGAACCGGGAGCCGUGGUGCAUAAAUACGUAUCAAGUAACAGUAAAGCAAGUGUAGUUCCAAAGGGUUACUUAGCGGUUUAUGUCGGAGAUGAUGAUGGUGAAGAAGAUCAGUCGAUAAAAUGUAAGCAUCGAUUUGUGGUGCCAGUUUCAUACUUGAAGCAUCCUUUGUUCCAAGAUUUAUUGAGACUUGCGGAGGAAGAAUUCGGGUUUGAUUAUCCAAUGGGGGGUCUAACCAUCCCAUGCAGCAAAAAUGCAUUUGCUCAAGUCAUUUCUCAACUAAAUCAAGGAUUCAAUUCGUACAUUAAUAGAUAUACUGUGUAAUGUGCAAUCCUAUAAAUAUGAUCGAUACAGUAGUAACAAACCCAUGAUUGUUAAAUUAAUUACUAGCCAGCUAGCUAGUUAUAAUAGAAAGCUGUUUUUUUUUUUUUACGCAGAAAAUUUUAGUAAAAUAGCGCUUAAGUUGUAUGUAUUAUCAGUCUGCUCACAGAAUCUACUCUAUAGUGUUAUCUGUAUCUCUUAUCUGAUUAGAGUGGAGCAUACAGGAACGAACUUUAGUUCUCUUCUCCCCAAUAUCAAAGUUAUGUUACAGUGGAGGUGUGAGAAAAUCAAC